CUCCACCUGCACUGACCAGACUCCUCUCUCUCUCUCUCUCUCCGGUCUGUAGCUCCUCCUCCCGCUCUGAUUAAAUGCCCGCUGCUCCCCGCGCUCAGCUGCAGUUGACGGCAGGCCGUGUGAGAGGAGCUGUGGAGUGGGACUUUUAUCAUCCUGUCAGCAAGCGACAGUUUCUUCUCUGACAUCCACCCCAAAGAAGAAGAACCAGCCAUGAAGACCAUCCUUGCUGCUUACUCCGGUGUCCUCAAAGGCACCGGCUCCAGCAUCCUCUCCGCCCUGCAGGACCUGCCCAUCUCGCUGUGGCCCUGCACGUCCAAGAUGGAGAGGCAUCUGCAGGUGAUCUCCGUGCUGCAGUGGGUCAUCACCUUCCUGGCCCUGGGCGCCGCCUGCACCGUGCUGCUCAUCUACAUGUUCUGCACAGACUGCUGGAUCAUCGCUGCCAUGUACACCGCCUGGCUCAUCGUCGACUGGAACACCCCCAAACAAGGUGGCAGGAGAUCCUCGUGGGUGAGAAACUGGACGGUGUGGACGUAUUUCAGAGACUACUUCCCCAUCAGGCUCAUUAAAACCCACAACCUGCUGCCCAGCCGGAACUACAUCUUCGGCUACCACCCACACGGCAUCUUCUGCUUCGGCGCUUUCUGCAACUUUGGCACGGAGGCCACCGGCUUCUCCAAAAAGUUCCCAGGCAUCAAACCGUCCCUGGCAACGCUGGCCGGGAACUUCCGCCUGCCGGUGCUGAGAGACUACCUGAUGUCUGGAGGUAUCUGUCCGGUGAACAAGAACUCCAUCGACUACCUGCUGUCAUGUAACGGGACAGGAAAUGCCGUCGUCAUCGUCGUAGGAGGAGCUGCAGAGUCUCUGCAGUGCGCCCCCGGCAUGAAUUCUGUCACCCUGAAGAACCGAAAAGGCUUCGUGAAGCUCGCUCUGCAGAAAGGAUCCGACCUGGUUCCGGUGUAUUCCUUUGGUGAGAAUGACGCCUACAAACAGAUCAUCUUUGAGGAGGGGACGUACUGGAGAACUCUCCAGAAGAGGUUCCAGAAGUUCCUAGGCUUCGCCCCGUGCCUUUUCCACGGAUGUGGCCUCUUCUUCGGCAACUCCUGGGGCAUCGUGCCUUACGGGAAACCCAUCACCACGAUAGUUGGGGAGCCAAUCACAGUGCCUAAAAUCGAAGACCCCUCUGAGGAGAUGGUGGAUCUGUACCACUCGAUGUACAUCAAGUCCCUUCAGUGUCUUUUUGACAAGUACAAGACACGGUUCGGCCUGAAGGAGAGCGACGUCCUGCACAUCCAGUGAGAGGACAAGGGGGGUUCCUGUUAAGACUCUGAACUGUGUCAGCACCUCCAGACCCCCUCCGCCUCCCCCUUUCCCUGCCCUGCCCCCCCCCGUCCAAUCUUGAUGCCCGGUUUGGAUCAUCUCUAGACUGCAGACUUCAUACAUGAGCACAUUUUGCUAAAGAAACCUUUGCUCUCUGCAUCAUACCGCCCACAUGUGUAGUCAUAGAUCCUCCUCAGGUAGCGGCGGGUUUGAACUCUACUCACCUCUUCCUGCCGCUGUCAUCGGGUUCAUCGGUCCGGGUUGGAUAGAGUUACACCAAAUCCCAGUCUGAAAAUGUGCCUUUCCAGUUUCUUUUGAACUGUCUUAUCAGUGCAGAGCGGGGUGAGGUCCACUAGAUGGAGCUGGAGGGUAACAAACAGGACUAAAAGAAGUGCCAACAAUCUUUUCUCAUGCAUCCAUAUAAUUCUCCUUUUAGGAUCCCAUUGUAUGCUGAAUGCACAACCAAUGCAAACUGAAGCUACCACUAUAGUGUUGGGAUCAGAAGCCCAAAGAUUAAUUGAGCCAAAGACCUGCAGUAUCCCCACAGAUAGCAUGUAUUUCCACAGUAUUAAAGCCAAAAGUGGAGGAAUUUCCAGGGUGGAUUUAUAUUGUGAAUGCACAAUACAUGUGUGCCUGUGAUUGUAUAAUGCCAUAAAGUAUUAAUUGUAUUCUGCAGAGAGGAAAAAGCCAAUUUGAGAGCUCGUUUCCUCCAAUGAAUAUUUCUGAUGCACUUUUUGUAUUGCUGAACAAUAAUGCCUUUGAUAGACAGUUAGCAGAGACGGCCAUAGAGCUGCCUGGGUUGACUUUCUCCCUAUGUCCUACAGGUGUGCAGGUCUGGAUGGGUGUGUUUAGUCUAUGCAAGAAAAAUUGCAAAAAUGACUUGAAUGUUCAAGCAUUUUUGAGGUUUUGAGCUGAAGAUUUAUGGGUGAAAAUCUUGACGUUUGAUGAUUCCAGUGUGCAGUGAAUCCCUGUGUAAGAAUGCCAUGGGCUGUAAAUGAUAAAGAUUGGAAUUAUACUGGUGGUAUAACUGGUAUGAUGUGAUAAUGGAGGGUGUCACUGGUACUUUUUGUAAAAUAAGAGUAUAUGAGUGCAGAAAAUAUCCUGGAAAUCAUCAAAGUAAGUAGGUUUGGGUCAUGUAGAUGGAUGGUGAGUUAUAAGACUGUCAUUUGAAGAGAGAUUUCCUCUGAUUUCACUGUUGUGACUUCUUAUAAAGAGCAGUGUAAUUCAUGUGCAAUAAUGAAUUUGCAAGGAAUAAACAGCGAGACCCGUCUAUGGGAUGAGUAGCAUCAUCUGUCUGCCAAUAUUUAAAUUAAACUUUUGUAUUUUUCAGAAGGA